UAAGGACGCUAACAGCGCGAACCCGUCUCCCCCCCCGUUUCAGACUACUCCGCCGACCAGCAACGUGGAAAGGAGCGUUCAAACACGUUUAGGGUCCUUCUUCCCUUCUUUUGUAUUUUCGUGUUUGGCACCGCAUCAGUCCUCUUCGAUCUCACUCCAUCAAUACUUCUCCGCCAUCGGCAUCCUCUCGAGCCGACGUUCGAAUCAAUAGUUCUCCUCGGUCGAUCGAUACUUUCUUCUGUUUGGAGUUGGGUAAAAGUAUUCCGGGAGCCAUUCCUCUCUCUCCUCUUAUCGGGCUGAGUCGUGUCGCAUCCUCAAUGGCGGACCCGACCACGCCGUUGUUGGAACCGAGCAAGGAGGCGUUCUUCCACGAGAACUGCCCCGGAUGCAAGCAGGACCGGCGGAACCAACUCCAUCUCGGGAUUCCCUUCCGUGAGUUCUUCUUCAUAUGGAUCGUCGCCCUCUGCUCCGCAUUACCGAUAUCGUCAUUGUAUCCGUUCUUGUACUUCAUGAUACGUGACUUGAAUAUAGCCAAACGAGCACAAGAUAUUGGUUUUUUUGCAGGUUUCGUUGGAUCGGCAUUUAUGUUGGGAAGAUCUUUGACUUCAAUAUUCUGGGGAAUGGUGGCUGAUCGUUAUGGAAGGAAACCAGUUAUAAUGAUCAGUCUGUUUGCAAUAAUUGUAUUUAACACGUUAUUUGGGCUCAGCAAAAGUUACUGGAUGGCAAUCGCGACAAGAUUACUUCUUGGACUCUUAAGUGGAUUACUUGGUCCAAUACAGGCUUAUGCUUCGGAAGUCUGCCGAAAAGAGUAUCAAGCUCUAGGAUUAUCAAUUGUUGAUACAUCAUGGGCCAUGGGUUUGAUCUUUGGUCCAGCUAUUGGUGGUUUUCUUGCACAGCCUGCAGAGAAAUAUCCAAGCAUAUUUGCUAGGGAGUGGUUAUUUGGGAGGUUUCCUUACUUCUUACCCUGCCUCUGCAUAUCACUGUUUUCAGUUGCUGCAUUUAUAGUCUGCUUAUGGCUUCCGGAAACUAUACACAUGCACAGUGAAUGUAGCCUGGAGUAUGAACCUAUUGAAGUCAUGGAGGCACCACCACAUUGUCCUAACUUGAAAGGAUAUGGUAGAGAAACUAAACAAAGAAGAUGGUUCUCUGAACAAAGUAUAUUGAGGAAUAGGCUGUUGAGGUCAUCAAUUGUUCUGUAUUGUAUUUUUGGACUUCAAAGUACAGCUUAUACUGAGAUAUUCUCUCUAUGGGCUGUGAGCAAUAAAAGUUAUGGAGGACUUGGCUUUUCAUCUCAGGAAGUUGGAUCGGUGCUCGCAAUCUCGGGUAUCAGCCUUCUGGUUUAUCAAUUAGUUUUUUUCCCAUGUAUUGCAAAACAUCUGGGACCAAUUAAUUUCACCCGUGUGGUCGCGGUGCUAUCGAUACCAUUGCUUGCAAGUUACCCAUUUAUGGCAAAGCUAUCUGGACUUGACUUGAAAUUGACAGUAAAUUGUGCAUCUUUAUUGAGGAGCAUUUUCUCUUCAACCAUCACCAUUGGAUUGAAUAUUCUUAUGAACAACGCUGUGUCUCAACAUAAAAGAGGUGCUGCAAAUGGGAUGGCUGUGACUGCUCUAUCCCUGUUUAAAGCUGUUGCUCCAGCAGGUGCUGGAACUUUAUUUUCAUGGGCACAGAACCAUCAAGGUGCUUCUAUUUUAUCAGGUGACUACAUUGUUUUCUUUGUCUUGGACAUAUUUGGGCUAGUUGGUCUCAUGUUGACCUUCAAACCCUUUCUAACUCAACCUGGUAAGGAGGAGAUCACAGCGAAUAACUGAGGGCCUUCAUCGGAUGAAAUGCCACAAGACCGUGUGACUGGUUCAUGCCAUGGUAUACAAUAUAUGCUACUUUUCAUCUAAAUAUUAUCAUAUAAUAAAUUU